UAUAUCGUUAACCGUUUUUUUCCCUCUUCACAACCAAUCAUUUCAACAAACACAAAAAAAAAAAAAAAAAAAAAAAAAAUCUCAAUUUUUUUUUCAUUGUUCUUGAUAUUUUCUAGUAUAAUUUUGUUUGAUUACAUAAAGGGGUCCAUUGUUUUCUUCUUUAUUUAUUUAUUUUGGUUAAAAAACAACCAAAAAAGAUCAAUUUUCAAUCAAGAGUUAAUGGAAUUGAAGAAUAUGGUGGCUCUUGUAUCACGCUCCGGACGGCAUUUGCAACGUUACAACAAGGGUCGUCGACAAGUUGUCGGAUGUAUACCUUACAGAUAUAAAGACUUCGUCGAGUUAUCGUUGGUAGAUGAAGAUGCAUUUGAAGUUCUUCUUAUUAGUCCUCAGAGAAAAGGCAAAGGAUUGUUAUUCCCAAAGGGAGGUUGGGAAAAAGAUGAAACAAUCGAAGAUGCAGCACAACGUGAGACAAUUGAGGAAGCUGGAGUACAAGGUGAAGUUGAGUGCAAACUUGGAACAUGGUACUUUGAGAACAAAGCCGGUGACACGGCAUAUGAAGGGCACAUGUUUCCACUGUUUGUAACCGAAGAACUCGACUACUGGCCUGAGAAAGAGAUUCGCGAAAGAACUUGGAUGAGUGUGCACGAAGCAAGAAAACUAUGCCAAAAUGGGUGGAUGAAAGAAGCGUUGGAAGUGUUAGUAAGUCGUCUCACAUCACAAAGCAAGCGGAUCAAAGGGGAACGUACCUCCAGUGGAAGAACAACUAUUCUUCCUUGGGGAUGUAGAGCUCAAAUACUUUCUCCACCGCUGUCAAGUUCCACCGAAGAGGCAUAGUCUCCAUUGAUAUCGAUCUACUACCAAAACCAACAUGGUAGACGUAGUUUGUGAAUAGGAAUUGAUUACUCACCGGAAAUGGUCAAUUUAGCAUGCGGAGUAAGUAGUUCAACGCGACUCCAAUUUUAAGGGAACAAAGAAAAAGUAUCAGAGGUAGUCAUAGGAGUAUGUUGCUUGUUUGUUGUUUUACAAUUGGAGUUGUUUGAUUUUAUUAGAGAUUUAGACACCAAAGUUGGCAAAGGAGAUGUACAUUGGCUUUAUUUAGGCAUAGAAAUCAAGCCUAAUGUAAUCCUUAUUAGCAAAAGUUAGUAGUUAUUAUUAGCUUGUAGUAAGUUUAAUUGAAUUCGUAAGCUUAAUAAAGUAAUUAUCAUUUGUAAAUUACGCAUUGUAGUGAAUUAUUGGAUGUUCUCGUUUUUGUUUUUC